AUGAAAUCUCCUAAUUGCAAAAAACAAAUGACUCCUAUUAAACAACAAAAGAGUAUAGAUGAUCGAAUAUCUGUCUUUAGUGGAAGUUCUGAAAAUUCUGGAGCUAUUGAGUCAUAUAGUAAUACUAGUGGUUUUGGUAAAACAGGACAUCUUGGAAAUAAUAAUCUUCGAAAAUUUACAAAUAGUGUCGGGAGAGUUGGGCAAGCAAAAGAAACUCGAGAAGCUUGUACAAAAGCUAUGUCAAUUUCAAAUCCAUUGAGAAAAACUUUUAAACCAAAACCAUUAGAUUAUGAAAGUUUUGUAGAAAAUAAUUUAGCACAAUUAAAGAAUGAAAAAAAUAGUGGAAUUGUUUUGUUUCCCAGAGAUGAUAUUAAUGAAGGAAAAACAAAAUGUCGAUUAAAUGAUAAAUGUAAUGGAAUUGAAAAUAUUAAUAUGGCUAAUAUAAAUUGGUUAAUAACAAAAGAUUGUUUAAGAUUAUAUAAUAGUAAAGGAAAAAUUAUUAAUUUUAACUAUUCACAUAAAUACGGGGAAUAUGAUGAAGGUGAAAUGAAUAAUGUUAAUUCACUUACACAACCACGUUUUGAAAUUGAUCAACGAUUAGAAGAAGAGAAACAAGAAAAAUUAGAUGCUGAACAUUAUAGAUUACCUCAUAUUAUUUGUGAAGGUAUGGUUCUUCAGUUAAGUUCUGAUAAUAGUAUAUUGGAUAAAUUUAGAAAUGGAAAAAAACGUUAUUGUAUUUUUAAACAAGAUUUUACAAAAAAUGAGAUUGUUGUAGAAUUAAUAAAAAAUCCAAAUGUAAAAAAAACUGUUGAUACAGUAUUUUAUCCAAAAUCAGCUAUGAUACAUACAAAUAAAAAUCGUUCAGUUAUUGUAAUAUCAGAUAAAAGUGCAUUAUCUGAUACUUCUAAUUCAAGUAAAGAUAAAGAAAAAACAUUACAACUUGCUGGAGAUGAUGGCUUUGAUAUAACAAAAUGGUUUUUUGAUAUUGAUAAAGCUAUUAAAAAUUGUCUUGUCUUAGAUUCAUCAUCAAUUUUAUCGGAUAAACAAAAUUCAAGUCAUGAAGCAAAUUCAAGUACUUGUGAUGAUACGGGAAAUGACGAUACAUUUAAUGAUAGUAGUAUUUCAAGUACAACAUCAACAAGAAUACAUAAAGGAAAAAAUGCAAUUGCUAAAAUAUUAAGACCACCUUUAGUUGAAAGGAAUUCAUUAUUUAAGUUAUAUUAUCAAUUAUCAAAGUUACCAACUUCUACAGAUAAACAAGGUUAUAUUUUAUCAAGAUCAUCAAAAUUAAGUAAAACAUUUUCCAAAGAUAACAGUAGAUAUUCAACUAGAAAAGGUAAUUUAUCAUUACCAAUACAAUCAGAUAUAAGUGUUACAUGUUCAGCUUCUUUAACAUCAAAAAAUGAAAGAAAAAUAACAAUAGAAGUUUAUGAUUUUGAAUUUAAAGCUUUUAUAUUACCUGGAACAUUUGAACAAAUUGAACCAUUUGUUAUUAAAGGUUAUGUCUUUGAUGCAAAAUAUAAUAAAAGAUUGUCUGAAGAAUUUUCAUUUUCUGUUUCUAAUUCAGAAUUUGAUGAAUUAUUAAAAGAAAGUGGUUAUGGUAUUAAUGAUAAAUCUCCAUUAUCUGGAUCUUUUAAUACAACAUUCUCUGAUACAACACUUUCAACAAAUACACCAUUUGAAAAUUUAAUAACUAAAGAUAGAAUUAAAUUAUUUUUUAAUUUACCUGCAAUUCAUGAAUCUAUAUUUUUAAUUGUACGUGUAGAAAGAGUUUUUUCAAAUAUAUCUUUGGAACCAUAUUUUAAACCUUUUACUGUACAAAAAGCUGCUAUAAAAUAUAAAAAAAGUAUUAGUCAAGGAUUAAGUAAACUUGGUAAUUAUAGAACUUGUAUUGCAUGGGGAAAACGUUCUAUUUUAAAAGGUGAUUGUGAAGAAAAAAUUAAAUUAUAUAAAUGUGAUGGAAAAUUAACUGAUUCUGAUCUUUAUAAAUAUUUAUCUAAUUACAAUGAAUUUUUAAAAUUAGAAAAAAAUGGUAAAAUUAUUACAUAUCCACAAGCUAAUAUGACAACAAGAAUAGAAACAGAUGUUAGACGGUCAAUGUUUCCAACAUUAUAUAAUUCAUCACUUCAAUUAGUACCAGAAAAUGGAUUUUUUUAUGCUGAUUCACCUAAUCAAUCAUUAGCAUCAAAUAUUAACAUGUGCUCUCCAAAAGGAUCUCCAACAUCUGUUUUUGAAUUACAAGCUUUCGGUGAUAUAAUUAGUUAUCCACAUUCUAGUAUUGUUAAUUUAUUAUACGUGUACCCAGUUCAUCUUAUGUAUAAUGGUCAAAAAAUAUUUUCUAAAGCUCGCAACAUAAGUUGUUCUGUUAGUUUAAUAUCAAAUAUCGGUGAUUGUAAUGAUGAUAAUAUUCCUCGUAUUGUUGAUACUUCUAAUCCUAGUGGUCCAUUUUUGACAUCCUCUGAAUGUACUGUACAAUAUCAUGAACAAUUUCCAACAUUUAAUAAUGAAAUGAAAAUUUUAUUACCAAUUACAAUAAAACCAACAGAUCAUUUGUUAUUUUCAUUUAAACACAUAUCAAUUUCAAAUGCAUUAUCUGAAAAAAAAGUAAAAGAAAAUAUUGAGACAGAAAUUGGUUAUUCAUGGUUACCAUUAUCACAAAAAGAUUGUUGGAUAAUGAAAGAUGAUGAACAAGAAUUUGAAUUACCUGUAUCAAUGAAUCUUCCAGAAAAUUAUACAAAUUCAUUUUUACCAAAUAAAAAUUCAGAUGCUAAAUAUAUUGAAAAUGGUAAAGGUCUUUUUAAAGUUAAAUUAAGACUUAUAUCAUCUUUAUUUUCAUCAGAACCAAGAAUUCAAUCUUUCUUCCAACAUUGUCAAAAUUUAGAAAAUCAAGCAAAAGACCAUACUAUAUCACAUUCAAAAUCAACAGAAGAAUCUUUAAUAUCAUGUAAAAUAAAUUCUAUUAAAGAAAAUGGACUUGUUGAUGUUCCUCAUUCUAUAUCUGCUCAAAAUACAGUUGUUUUAGGAGAUAAUGAAAUAAAAGAUGUUAAAAAUUUAUCUAUUCAAACAAUAUAUGAAAAAAUUGGAAGAAGAUGUGAUGGUUUAAUAACAGUUUCACCUGAAAGAAUAACACCAUUUUUAUAUGUUAUUAUGAAUCGUUUAUUAUCAGUAUUAACGAAAAUCUCUUCAACAAAUAUUAGUAACAAAGUUGUUAAAUGUAUAUUUAAAAUUUUUGAAAAAAUGCAUCAUAUUGAAAAGAAAAGUUUAUUCAAAAAAUAUGUUAUAGAAAUAGUUGGUAGUGAUACAUUUACUGAUUUUGAAAAUGAGCAAAUACAUGAAAGUUUAGUUAAAGCAUUAACUCCAUUUUUAAAAAGUUGUGAGGAUGAUUUAGAUCAAAUGUUAUUAGUAUUUACAGAACUUCGUGUUAUUAUUGAUAUUAUAUUAAAAUGUAUGUCUUCACAUAUUGUUUCAUGUGAAUUACAUUUUAAAGAAAGAUCUAAAAGAUUUUCAAAUGAAUUUUUAGAAAGUUUAAAAAAUUUUGUUUAUUAUCUUAUUGAUAUGAUAUGUCAUAGAUCUCAAGAUUUAUCACGUGAUGCUAUUAUUCAAGCUAAUGGAUCAUUGAUGUAUUUAUUACGUGGAUGUUUGUCAUUGAUUGAUCGUGGAUUUAUUUUUGAAUUAUAUCAUUAUGCUGCUAAUAAAUAUGACAAUUAUGAAAGCAAAAUUUUAAGAGAUCUCAAAUUUGACUUGGUACAAAGUAUUGUGUAUCAUGAACAUUUUCUUCAAUUAUCUUUACCAUUGUUAGUUGAUAAAGAUUAUAAUAUAUUAAGAAUGGAUGCAUUAAUUGAUAAUACAUCAUUAUCAUUGAUAAAAGAAGAUAAUAAAACGGGAUUUGUUGAAAGAUUUUUUAAAAAAUUAUUUUCUAAUACAUCAAAUAUUACAGAACUUGUUAGUAUGGGAACAUUUACACCAUAUAUGGAAAAUUUUAUUUUAAAUGAUCAUUAUUGUAGUGUACAUUUUCCUAUUGGUCUUCUUCUCCAAGAAUUAAAAGCUGUCAUGAGAGAACCAAAAGAAAGUAGAAGAAAAGUAAUUAAAUUACUUAGAAAUGUUUUGGCAAAACAUUCUGUAGAUAAUAGAUAUUCUGCCUCAACAGUUCAAAAUCGUAUAGCAAUGCUUUAUUCACCAUUAAUAAGAUUUGUUCUUGAAAAUAUUUCAGAAAUAGAAGCUUCUGCAAUGUCAAUUAAUAAUUCACCAAAUACAACUAUAAGUAACAAUGAGACAAGUGGAAUUAUUUUAAAACAAUCUUUUGCCUCUUCAUUUGAUUCACCUCUUCUGACAACAAUAACACGUACACCAAAAUAUAAUCAUUAUUCUAAUGAUAUGGCUAAAUUUGGUACAUUAAUUACAAAAAAUUUUGAUUGUAAUGGGUCAUCUCCAAAUACACCAAUAAAAGGAUAUCAAAAAUGUAAUAAUGAUGAAAAAUCUGUAUUAAGUUCCAUACCAGAACAGACAACUUCAUUUGGUGGUAAGACAGCUGUAGCUACAUUAACUGAAAGAUUGGACAAACAUGAAAUAAGAGAUUUAUUGUUAUCUGUAUUAUAUGUAAUACAUAAUCUUAAGUCAAAUGUUUUUCGUUCAAUAAUAAAUUCAUUGGAUGAUUCACAUUUAAGUAGAAAUGACGCAAAUAGAAAAUCAAUUUCAGAAGUUAAAAUAGGAACAUUACAUUUAGUACAUCUUCUUGAAUUAGUUCUUUAUUUUUUUCAUUAUGAACCACAAGAAGUAUUUAUUAAUAAAUAUUUGUCACAAGCUAAAAAAACAAGACCAAAUGCUAAAGUAACAAUAGAAUUUCCAAAAGAUACUCUUAAUGAUGAUGAUCCAUUAAUGAGAGAAGAAUAUCAAAAAGCAUUAUUUGCUUAUAUGCAAGAAUGUAAUUUAAUACAAGAAGUAUCUCUAAUUGUUUUAACAGCAACUGAAACAUUAGCUAAUCAUAUUUCAACACAAUCAAAAUUGUUAAGUUUUGAAGAAAUGGAAGAUGCUUUCAUUAGAAUACUUAAUGUUCAAAUAAAACUUAUGUCUGAAGAAUGGCCAGAAAGUGUAAGAUUACAUGCUUUGGCAAAUCUUGGAAUAUUUGUAACAACAUUUCAAAAAAGGUUGUUUAUUAAUGGAAGUUUAACACCAUUAGCUGAUUUAAUUGAAGCACUUUUGUUACAAUUAAAUUCAAGAAUUAUUCCUAUACAAAAUUCAGCUGCAACAUUGUUACAUUUAGUUUAUAAAACUAAUUUUGAACUUUUUUCAAAUAUUUCACCAGCUUACUAUAGGCAAGAUGAAAAUGGUAUAAAAAAAUUAUCAUUUAAAUCAAUGAAUCCAUUAUCAUUAUCAGAAAAAUUAGGAAGAUCUGGUACUCAAACAGGAGUAGCAUUAGCUAAAUUAUUAGGACAAAAAUAUCUUCUUGCCAGAAGUGUUAGAUUUCAAAAAGGUCUUUCUACAUUAACAACAAUAGUUGAAAGAUGUUCAGAAAGAUAUAAUGAAAGUUAUGAUAAUGCAGUAUUAUAUUUAAUAAAAGAACUUAAGGGUGUCCUUAAUGCAACAGGAGCAUUACUUGAAAGUUCUAAUGAUCCAACAAAAUUAACAGAACUUCAUAUUCAAUUAGCAGAUUCAUAUAGGGGAAGUGCUUUAUUACGUUAUGCUUGGCUUCAAUCACUUGCAACAUCUCAUUAUAAUAAGAAAUUUUACUCUGAAGCGGCUGUUUGUAAAGCUCAUUGUCUUGCUAUAAUUGGUAGAGAGUUAGUUGGUAAAAAUUUAAUAACAAUAAAUUGGAAAUUUUUUGACACUAUUAAUGAUAGAAUUUGUUUAGAAGAAAAGGUAAUGGAAACGGAUGUAGAAACAGUACAACCAGCAGGAUUUACAGUUGAAAAUUUUACUACUAAAGCCGAAGAUUUAAUUGAAAAUUUAUUUAUGGCUGAAAGGUAUGAAGCAGUUGCAGAUAUGUGUAUGAUGUUAUUACCAAUUUAUGAAAGUCAAUAUAAUUUUACUAAAGCUUGUUCUAUAUGUACAGAAUUACAACAAUCAUUUUCAAGAUUAAGUGAAAUAAAAACUUCUGGUAAAAGACAUCUUGGAGCAUAUUUUAGAGUUAUUUUUUAUGGAAAAUUUCAUUUUGGAGAAGAACAUGAAACUGAAUGGAUUUAUCGUGAACCUGGAUUAACAUCAUUAGCUGAAGCUAGUGAAAAAAUGUUAGAAAAUGUUAAAAAUAGUCUUGGUCAUGAUAAUGUUAAAUUAAUAAUGGAUAAAGAUGUUAAAAGUGGAACAUUUAAAGAUAACAUUGCUUAUGUUCAAAUGACUCAUGUUCAUCCAUUUGUUGUUAAAGAAGGAACUGAUCCAUUAGAUUAUUGGGCUAAUACAAAUAUAAAAAGUUUUUAUUAUGAUGAACCUAAAUUAGAUAAUUCAGCUCCACCAGGAAGUACAGAUGUAGCUAAGCAAAUGAUUAAAAAAGUAUUUCUUACAAUUGAUGAACCAUUUCCCAAUAUGAAAAGAAGGCAAAAAAUUAUUGGUAAAAAAGAACAAAUAUUAAAUCCACUUGAAGUUGCAUGUGAAAGUUUAUUAAAAAAAGCUGAUCAGAUAAGAAAAGUAUUAAAAACUGCUAAGGAAGCAUCAAAUCAUUGUGGGAUGCAUUUAGAUACAUAUGAUAAAUCAUUUCUUGAUAAACUUGAUUUAAAAGGUUUACAACUUUUAUUACAAGGUGCUGUUCAAGCAACUGUUAAUUCUGGUCCAUUAGCAUAUGGAGAAGCAUUUAGUACUGUAAUACAAAAACAACGUUAUGGUGAAGAUGAAAUAAAUAGGUUGAUAAAAGCUUUUAAACAACUAUUAUAUCAAUGUAAUGAGGCAUUAAAAGUUAAUGAAGUAGCUGUAUCAUCAGAUCAAGUUGAGUAUCAUUUAAUGUUAAAAAGCUCUUUUGAAAUGUUACAAGAACGUUUAAAUGAAUAUUUUGGUGAAGAUAAAAUGAAAAUUAUGGGUGAUGAUAUUGUUAAUGAUGAUUCAGAUUUGAUGGAAGAUGUUCAUAAUGCUUCUAUACAUAUUUUGGAUUCUAUCGCUGGAUUACGAGAAUAA